AUGGCUGCAGCACUUCCAAAGUCUUUAGUCAAGCUAAUACCGCCAAUUACUGUGGAUGCAACAACUACAAUCAACCCACAUCCAACGACGCUUUACAGAGCGUUAUCUAGACUUCCGAGGGAUGGAAUCGGUGCACGACUCGCUCAAUGUCGAUGGGAUGCAAAGGGAAUUCAUGGCUCCUACUGGGAAGUAACACGCACAAAGCUAAAGCUUGAUGGCACACAUGGAAAAGCCUGGGGACGACUCGUCUGGAAAGGAAAACCAGUUAGCGAGCGAGACGAGCUGAUUAGAGGCGGUCUAAAAUACACUUGGAAAGUUGUCAACGGCCAGCCCCGGAUCUCUUAG